GAGAGAAAGAGAGAGAGUGAGGGAGAGAGAGGCAGACUGUAAAUAUGGAGGAGGUGAAACGCUAGGAGGUGAAACGCGUCCUGCUUUUUAACUUACACGGUUUCAUGUGAAAUAAAAGCGCAGAGGAGCUCUACGGGCGGACACACCAAGCCCUGGCGGAAACCAAAGCCGGGAAGAAGCGACCGCUGCGCUAAUCGUUCCAGGAGGACCCGCCGACAUCCACGAUUGCUGAAACUGAAAAGAAAGCCUGAUUCAUCUGUCUGCCUGUCCAUCGUCUGUCCUCCAACACAUGGCCGACUCAGAGGACCCACUUUAACACACAUACACACAGUGGAAGGAUUGGGGAGGGAAGUCCAGGUUCAACCUUCAUGAAUUCAUCACACGCCUCAGUCUCCCUGCUUGUGAGUCAUACUGAGGCAGCCUUAAAUCGGCUUGAGGACACACAGAGCUGUUUACACAGGAGGUGAGGACGAUGAGGGUGACGAGGAAGAGGUGGGAUCGCUUCGUUCUAAUUUUGGAAGCAUGGAACCUCGGGGAGCGCUCUCCCAAAGCUAUUUACGUCCUCGCCUCUCCUCCUCCUCCUCCUCCUCCUCCUCCUCCUCCUCCUCUUCUCCUCUCCCUCUCGUCGGCCAGGAGGAGAACAGCAUGAGGAUCCUUUGAUGCAACCGAGCAGGGGAAUUCUGCUUCUCCUCUUCUCUGUAUUUUUGUUGUGUUAGCUGCGGGAAGUGGUGAAGAGGCUGCAGCAACCGAUCCAUCCCAUCACUUCACAUCUUAUGGAAAUGCACAGGCUAUACACAGCGACGUGAUUUCAUUGAUUACCUCCCGGUCUUGGUUUUGCUUGUUAAAUUUGGUUGGUAAAGACUCAGAGAGGGUUCAGUGCACCAGAGGAAACAAACUUUUUUCUUCCAUCUGCAACAUACCAGCCACUGUCAGUGUGACAGGAACCAGCAAAGUGCUCUGCAUGGAUCAGGACUCCAGGUGAUGUAGACAAGACCAACUGACCAGAAAGUCACAUUUCAGGUCAUUGCAAAGUCGGUAUUUCCUAAAUGAUUAUAUACAUUUUUUCCCUGAUCAAAGGGGAAGAUUUCUGGAACCUGCAGCUGAGGCUACAACAUUAGAGAAGAGGAUUUUGUCGUAAGUGUCAGUGACUGGUCAUCAAAACUGAACAGCCAGACAGUGGAAGCUCAGGGGAAAACUGAAAGGCAGAGGCUACCUGCGAAAAUCAAACAGAGACUGCAAAAAAAAGAAAAUCACAGAGGAGUUUUCUGCAAUCCUUUUGGAAUCUUUGAUGGAAUUCAUGGUCAUUUUUCAAUCAUUUUAAAGAGAACUUUACAAUAGAAGCACAGAAAACAUUUGGAAGUUUUCAAUUUUGAAGUAACCGAUUAUUCAUUUAAUCCCAUGAUGAGUAAUCCAUGAUGAAAUAUUUUUGAAAGCAUCUUUCAAUGUUUGUGUCCCCCCGUCCUUGGCAACUUGAAUCCUUGACUAAGCCAUGCCGAUAUCUCGGAAGAAGAACUGACUGGUGUUUUUUGUGACAAAAUAGAGCUUUGCCUCUUGUCUUGGCAUGCUGUUGCAUCCCACCGUGUCAGGAUUGUGCGCCAUGUUGCAGACCAUCUAUGAGACUGAGUCCUGUUUUUCCUCUGCCAGCACAGACAGCCACCACCAGCCUCUGGAGCUCCUGAGUGGCAACAGGGGCUCCAGUGCUGCCAAGCCCACCGCCGUAGUGGAGGUGAAGAGCAGCCUGCCGUCAGGCAUGCAGAGCCCAGUAGGAACAGCAAGUGAGCAGAGAGGAGGAGUUGGAGAAGGUGGUGGGGUUCCAGGAGAAGGCCCAGGAGGAGGAGGAGGAGGAGGAGGAGGCCCGGUGGAUCUGCGGACAGAGCCCAGGGUGGGGUCUCUGUCUGGGGGAGCAGUGGGGGUGGACACAGCCAUGAGAGAGCAGCAGCUCCAGCAGGAACUUGUGCUACUCAAACAGCAGCAGGAACUCCAGAAACAACUGCUGUUUGCAGAGUUCCAGAAAAAACAUGAAGUGCUCACAAGACAACAUGAGGUCCAGCUGCAGGAACACCUAAAGGUGUGUGUGUGUAAGCAACAACAGGAGCUGUUGGCAGCAAAGCGACAGCAGGAGUUGGAGCAGAAGAGGAAACUGGAGCAACAGAGACACGAAGAGCAGGAGAAACAUCGACUUGAGCAACAACUGCUGCUGCUGAGGAACAAGGAGAAGGGCAAAGAGAGUGCCAUUGCCAGUACAGAGGUGAAGCUCAAGCUGCAGGAGUUCCUUCUCAAUAAGAAAGAGCCUGGCAUCGGUGGACUGAACCAUUCCUUCUCCUCAAAGUGCUGGGGAGCUCAGCACAUCUCCCUGGAGCAGGGCUCUCUGCAGAGUAACACCCCAGGAACUCCUCACUCCUACAAACUGCCCCCACUGCUGGGCAACUACGAGGGCAGAGACGACUUCCCGCUCCGCAAGACAGUCUCAGAGCCCAACCUGAAGGUGCGCUCGCGAUUGAAGCAGAAGGUGGCAGAGAGGCGGAGCUCUCCACUCCUUCGCAGGAAGGAUGGAACCGUUAUCAGCACCUUUAAGAAGAGAGCCAUAGAGAUAUCAGUCUCCUCUCUCUGUAACAGCGCUCCAGGUUCAGGUCCCAGCAGUCCCAACAGUUCCAACUCGGCUAUCGCCAAUGGCAACACGGGGUCCGUCCCCAACAUACAGACUGAGCUGAGAUCUCUCCAUCAGACGCUGGGGGCUGAUGGGACAUUGAGUCCUCUGAAUCUCUACACAUCGCCCUCCUUGCCAAAUAUCUCCUUGGGCCUUCCUGCCAACGCGCAUAUCACGCCCUCCCAGGCGUUGUCUGCCCAACAAGAGGCAGAGCGUCAAGCCAUCCAAUCACUGCGAGGGGGCGGAGCUCUUACAGGGAAGUUUCUCUCCACGUCCUCCCUACCUGCAGGGGUGGUGCAUGAGAUAGAGACACCGCCCCCCAGCUCUCAUUCUGCCCAUUCCUCGUUACUGCAACAUGUACUGCUGCUGGAGCAGGCCAGACAACAGACUGCUAUGCUAGCUGUGCCCAUGUAUAGCCAGUCGCCGCUGGUUACGGCAGAGAGGGGCGUGUCCAGCGGCAUGCGGGCAGUCAACAAGUUGCCUCGCCAUCGACCAUUGGCUCGGACCCAGAGUGCACCUUUGCCCCAGUCCCCCCAGGCCCUGCAGCAGCUGGUGGUCCAGCAGCAACACCAACACUUCCUGGAGAAACACUACAAGAUGUUAUCAAAGGGGGCGGAGCUUCCCAGGCCGCCGCCCACCCACCCAGAGGAGACAGAAGAGGAGCUAACAGAGACCAAUGACAUGCAGGAGGACGAUGAAGGGGCAAGCUUUCACAGGCUUCAGAAGGAGGGGUCAGACGACAGCACACCCUCUUCUGAGCGACUCGGUGUGUACGUGAAGGGCGAGGAGGAGCAUGGGAUCAUGCACAUGAAAGGGGAGAGUACAGAGAGCGAGCUGGAUGAAGAGGAAGAGGAGGAAGACAUCAUCCAGCUGAGAGAGGGCGACGAAGAGGAGAGGGGGAGCUACACGCAGGCCUUGCAGCAUCUGGGUGUGUUCCAGUCCUUGUUGCCCCACAGACCUCUGGGAAGAGCGCAGUCCUCCCCUGCAGCCACUGUCAACCCCAUCAAACACCUCUUCACCACCGGGCUUGUGUAUGACAGUCUGAUGUUGAAGCAUCAGUGUGUGUGCGGCAAUGCUCACAUCCACCCAGAGCAUGCUGGGAGAGUGCAAAGCAUCUGGUCCCGACUGCAGGAGACGGGCCUGCUGGGACGCUGUGAGAGGAUUCGGGGGCGUAAAGCGUCUCUGGAUGAGAUCCAGUCUGUCCAUUCAGAGUUCCACACUCUGCUGUAUGGAACCAGUCCGCUGAAUCGACACAAACUGGACCACAAGAAGCUGCUGGGUCCAAUCAGCCAGAAGAUGUAUGCUGUUCUUCCCUGUGGCGGAAUAGGGGUUGACAGUGACACCGUGUGGAAUGAGAUGCACUCGUCAGCGGCGGUCCGCAUGGCGGUCGGCUCGGUCAUCGAGCUGGCCUUCAGAGUGGCAGCAGCGGAGCUGAAGAAUGGCUUCGCAGUGGUGCGUCCACCAGGUCACCAUGCUGAGGAAUCCACUGCCAUGGGUUUUUGUUUCUUUAAUUCAGUAGCCAUCACUGCCAAGCUGCUGCAACAGAAACUAGGAGUGGGCAAGAUCCUCAUUGUAGACUGGGACAUUCACCAUGGCAAUGGCACCCAGCAGGCCUUCUACAGUGACCCCAACGUCCUCUACAUCUCCCUCCAUCGCUACGACGACGGAAACUUCUUUCCUGGCAGUGGAGCUCCCGAGGAGGUGGGAUCAGGUGCAGGUGUUGGUUUUAAUGUGAACAUAGCGUGGACUGGAGGAGUAGAGCCACCUAUGGGUGACGUGGAGUACCUGACUGCAUUUAGGAGCGUAGUGAUGCCCGUCGCCCAGCAGUUCAGUCCAGAUGUGGUUCUGGUGUCUGCAGGCUUCGACGCAGUGGAGGGUCAUCAGUCUCCUCUGGGAGGAUACAACGUCUCUGCCAAGUGUUUUGGUCAGCUGACGCAGCUGUUGAUGGGUCUGGCGGGUGGGCGCGUUGUUAUGGCGCUGGAGGGCGGUCAUGACCUCACAGCCAUCUGUGACGCAUCAGAGGCCUGUGUCUCUGCGCUCCUGGGAGACCCGUGUGACUCUGUGUUUCAGUGGCCUCAGGAGAAGCCAUGUCCAAAAGCUUUGGCCUCACUAGAGAGAGUAAUAGAGAUCCAGAGUAAACACUGGUCUUGUCUCCAGAGUUUGUCUCAGACUAGUGGCCACUCGCUAUUGGAUGGACCCUUGGGGGCUCAGGGUCAAUCGGAGAAGGACGAGGCAGAAACAGUGAGCGCCAUGGCGUCCCUUAGUGUUGAUGUUGAGCCAGGCUCGGACCCUGACAACACAGAAACCAGCAGGUCCACAGAGGAGCCAAUGGAAGAAGAGCCAGUUUUGUAGAAAGAGCUAAAAGAGAACCACACGAAAACUCCAACUUCACCACCUUCUGGCACCUCCUCUUCCUCUUCCUUUUCCUCUUCCUCCGCAGUGUGUGUGUGUGUGUGUGUACGCACACCACCAGAACAGCCAUACAAUGUAUGAAUGGCACAGUGGAAUUGUGUCAUUGUGGCGGAUUCCGAUUGGCUGAGGAGAACAUUAUGGAGGCGGGGACUGUGAGAAACAUGGACACAUCUCUUAUCUACCGGUUGUUCAGCCCGAGGAGGAGCAGACGACUUGGCAUCUCCAUGGAAACCAGAGGAGAGGGUCAGCAAGGAGACACGUCUUGUAACCUGCAUACUUUACCACCUGUACACAGCACCACUGAAUUUUUCCCUUCCACCCCCCCAAUCAUUCUUCUGUCUUUCUAUUUUGUCCCUACUCCUCUGUUUCCACAGCGGGACGAUGACUGUGGAAAACCUGAAUUUGAAUACCGUCAAAAAUGUCAGACACCAAGUGGACGACUUGUCUUCUUGUCUGUCUGUCAGAGAGACAUGCCGAGCGAAAUGGCUGGCUGGCGGCAGGGGAGUAAACCGUUUAAAAAUGAACAGAGGAAGAGGAGGAACUAGGUGCCUUUUAAAACAAGAAAAGAAAAAAAAAAGAAAAAAAAACGUCCAAUCAGAAACCACAAAACACCACCGGCCGCAGCACCUCAACAAACCAACCAGCCAAUCAGGACUGAAGAAACACACUGAUGCACACACUCACACUGUUGUUGUUUCACUCGGUCAGUUCAUUUUUCAGUCUUUGUUUCUUCAUCUGGAUGCCUUAAUUUGUUCUUAUCUCACUAUUUAUCAACCUUGAGAGAGAGAAUCACAAGAGUUGAUAUAAAUAUAUAUUCAGAAAUGUAUUGAAACUGCUAAGAAUUGUUUUUUCUUUAAAAUCUGAAAAUAUUCAUGCCAGGUACUCCAAACAGACUUUCAUUUUUCUUUGGGAAGAAAAGCCUCUUAAGCCAUCUUUACACACUAGAAAUCCCCAGUAAAAGUCUCCAAUGAGUAUUAAGUAACAUUGAUGAUAAUAUUCAAUCCGACUUUUAUGGGAUCUGAUGUGAGUGUCUCAGGUUCAGACCUGUUUCAGCAGUGUUCAUCGGUUGACAUAUGUAAACAUGUCACUCUGUCUCUCUCUCUCUCAGUCAUUUUGGUUGAGAGUCAUGUGACUUGAGCCCCGUCCCUUCUUCUCUAAAGGGGAUGUGGGAUGACCACCAUGUCCCUCUUUUUCUUUUUUUUAUAUUUCCUCUUUGAUGUAAAUACUGUCUCCUGUCCUGUUGCCCACAGUUAUGUCACAGCAGACUCAGUGUGGUCACUUUUCUAAAUCUGUACAUACAUAUAUGUAUAAAAACACAAAAUACUUUC